AUGGCGUACCUGACGCCCCCCGAGGUCCUGGGCGAGGCCCACCCACACCGCCGCACCCCUCCGUGCACGGCACGGACACGGGUUCCCCUGGAGGGGCCGAGCCCGACCCUGGGAAGGUGCACCCAGGGCCGCUCCCUGUCCCCUCCUCAUGCUCCUCCUCCUCCUCCUCCUCCUCCUCCUCCUCCUCCUCAUCAUCAUCAUCAUCAUCAUCAUCCUCCUUCUCCUCUUCCUCUCCCUCCUCUUCCUCCCGCUCUCGUGCCUCCUCCCUCCUCACUUCUCCUACUUUUCGUCUCUCAUCCCUCCUCCUUCUCCUUAUCCUCCUUCCUCAUCCCUCCCCCACCUGCCCCCUCGUCUUCCCCGUCCACUUCCUCCCGCUCCGAGGGGGCCACAUGCGAACCCUGCCCCUACCCCCCACGAGUUCUGAGUGAACCCCACCCUCCCCCUCAGAGAUCGUGGAGGGUAGGGGUAGGGUUCGCAUGCGGCCCCCUCGCUCCUCCUCCUCCUUCCGCCCGCUCCCGCUCCCGCAUCCCCCGCGCCCUGCCCUCCCGCUCCCCCUCCUCCGCCGCCUCCCCGCAUCUCCGCCUCCCCGCCUGCCUCUCCCGCGCCUGCCUCCUCCCUGCUCCUGCUACGGUGGGAGCCCCUGCCGAGAAACGCCCUGCCGGCCUCCAGGGUGCCGAGGGCCUCUUGGGUCUCGAUGGAUGCUUUGACGUGGCGAGCGCAACCCGCCCACACCGAAGAGCAGGGGACGCCCUGGGGUCUCAGGGCUGGGUUCCUUGUGCAAGGCGCCCCGUGGUCGGGCUCCUGCUGCACCGCCCGUCCGCCCUCCUCCCCCGAUCCUCCCAGUGCCGCUCGUCCCGGCUCUGCUGCAGCUGCUCCUCCGAGCGUCCUCCGACUGCCGACCCCCAGGAGCGGUACACGAGGGACCCGGAGCCUUUUGACUGGUACCAGCGCUGGGCCGGCUUGAAGGACACGCUCCUGGACUACGUGCAGCCCAGCAGCAGCAUCAUGAUGCUGGGGGCGGGGAACUCGCGCCUCAGCGAGGAGAUGUACGAGGAGGGGUUCCAGAACAUCACCAACAUCGACAUCUCCAGCGUCGUCGUGAAGGCCAUGCAGGAAAAAUACCGCGACAAGCCGGGCAUGACGUACGUACAGAUGGACGCCAGGCAAAUGGAGCUGCCCGACCAGAAUUUCAACGUGGUCGUCGAUAAGGCCACAUUGGACUCGAUCCUGUGCGGGGAGGGCUCCACGCACAACGCGCAGAAGGUGCUCCAGGAGGUGUCGCGGGUGCUGCAGCCCAGCGGGGUUUACAUCGCGGUGUCCCACGGGCAGCCGUCCUACCGCCUGACGUACCUGCAGCGGCCGGAGUUCGGCUGGAACGUCAAGAUCUACACCGUUCAGAAGCCCAUGAUGGGCAUGACGGCCUCGUUGUCGUCUGACGACAAGGACAACGUCCAUUACGUCUACGCCCGCGACCUAGUUGAGGUGCUGGAGUCCAUGCCGACCUUCCCUUCCCAGGAGAGCAAGGCGGGCAAGGCAAAGGACUACAUCAAGCAGUGUUGCGCCGGCAUGUUGGCCAGAAUGCGUGAUGAGCUCGCCUCCGACAUCAGCAAGUCCCUCACGGACACCAUCAAGCAGAAUAUUGAAGUGCAGAACAAGCCAACCAUCGAGCUGCUGGACCAGCCUCGUGCCCAGCUGGCACAGCCUCCUGCAGAUCUCGACCAGAAGAUCCUCUCGACUGUCCGCCCCCAGCUCGACACCACUACUCGCCGCCUCCAGGCGCAGCUCGAUGCCCAGCAGGUGCAACUCAACGAGACUGACGGCCGCGUGUCCAAGGUGGAGGCUCAGAUGCAGGACAUCCUUGCCCAGGUGGAGGCGCUCAAGCGUGAGCUCCACUUGGCGGAGCAGCGCCCUCGCGCUCCGCUCUCCCAGCCGAAGGGUUUUGAAAGGGAGGUGGACGCCUCGCUGGUCGCUGCCAUGGCCCAACGCCCUACCACCACUGCCUGUGUCGAAGCUGAACUACGUCCCUGGAUCUCCUCCCUCGGCCUCGCCGACGAUCUCUACGACCUGGUCCCCGUUGGCCCUGUGCCGACCAAGAAGUUCCACAUCCGUUUCAAGGGCCUCAUCGCCGUCGCUUCCAGGAUGGCGGCCAAAGUACUCGGCGCCUUGCGCUCCGAGGGCGUCUGGAAGGAGUUCACGGUCGAGGUUCCUGGCAGCCCUCGCUGCCGCAUCCACCUGGGCCCCGACAAGUCGCCACGCCAGAUCCGCAGCGAGAUUCUACUACGAAGGGCACGCGCCAUCAUCGCUGAACGACACCCGAACCUCCGACUAUUCACUGACAGGCAGCGUGCCACCCUUUCCAUUGGAUGGGAUCGUAUCAUGCGUGUGGAAGUCCAUCCUGGGAACAAGCCCGCCAAGUUCUACUGGGACGCCCAGCAGCUCGCCAAGCACGACCUCGUCAAAGCCGAGGUCGUGUCGCUGCUCGCCCCCCUUGUCGAGCCCGAGGCGGAACCGCAGUGGUGCCUUUGA